GGGCUACUUGAACUGAGAGAAAGCAAGCAGCGUCUCUGUGUAAAUGGACCGAGGCUAGCAGCUGCCCUUGUUAGCAGGUCCCUGCUGGGUUUCCUGUGUGAGUCUGUGGAGAGUCAAGAAACUCCUGGGAUGUGCAAGUGAAAGAUAACACUGCAUGCGGAUGAGGAAGUGUGUCCUGUCAGCUUUCCCCUGUGACGCGCCAGCCUCAGGAGGUGCCAGGAAGGAGUUUUAGUUUUAGGGGGCAGAAAAUAGAGAGCUCCUACCUGAGCCACGGAUAACCUGGGAGACACAAACCUGGUGUUUACAGCAUUUGUCUUCCAUCAGCAAAAAGGAUGACCUUCAGAGGUAGCGUGAGACCGUUCGUCAACUUCAACGCCAAACACGAUGCUGAGGUCCUCCACAGAGCCAUGAAAGGAAUCGGUACGGAUGAAGAUGCCAUCCUCAUGCUCCUCACAGCACGUAGCAACGAUCAACGUCAGCAAAUUAAGGCAGCGUACAAAAAGGCCUAUGGAAAGGACUUGGUCAGUGCACUGAAAUCGGAGCUCGGUGGGCUGUUUGAGAGUCUUAUUGUGGCCUUGAUGACUCCGCCUGUCUCAUAUGAUGCCUCACAACUGCAAAAGGCUCUGAAGGGUGCUGGGACUAAUGACGAAGUGCUGAUUGAAAUCAUGGCCUCGAGGACUGGUGAACAGAUUAAAGAAAUCAUCAAAGUGUACAAGAAAGAGUUCGGCGGCAAGUUGGAGAAAGAUAUCUGCGGUGACACCACAGGACACUAUCAGAAGCUACUGGUGAUCUUGCUCCAGGGCAGCAGGGAGGAGGGAGUAGAUGAGAGCAAGAUCGAGAAAGAUGCUAAGGACUUGUAUGCUGCUGGUGAGGGCAAGUUUGGCACAGACGAGGAAAAAUUCAUCACAAUUCUUGGCAACAGGAGCGCAGAGCAUCUCAGAAAAGUGUUUGAUGCCUACAAGAAGAUCUCAGGCUCUGAUAUAGAGGACAGCAUUAAAGGAGAGACCACUGGGAAUUUGGAGGACUUACUGCUAGCUGUUGUGAAAUGUGCCAGGAGUGUCCCAGAAUUUUUUGCUGAGCGCCUGUAUAAAUCUAUGAGGCGCGCUGGAACUGAUGAUGACACCCUGAUGAGGAUAAUGGUGUCGAGGAGCGAGGUGGACAUGUUGGACAUCAGAGCCAGCUUCAAAAAGAAAUAUGGAGCGUCUCUGUACACCACCAUCCAGGAGGACACAGCUGGAGACUACCAGAAGGCUUUGCUCUACCUCUGCGGUGGGAAUGAUUAAUGUUGUUUUAUGGUAUGUUGAGCAGCACUGAAUGAUGAGCCACCACGUUGCUGCAAGACAAAGUUACAUGUGAGAUGAGGUUAUUGAUCCAGAGUUUUUGAUGACUUUCGCUUGUUAUUGAUUGAAUUAGUGUGAAUUACCCACCUGUCAUUUUGACUUAUGAUAUUAUCUACUGCAUGAGCAGCCAUUGGAGUGCAUUCACUUACAAGUUAUUCUGUUUUUGUUUAAUGUCAAACAUAAUUUAAACACACAAUCUCUAACACAGCGUUUGAUAAAGAUGCAGGUUUGAUUUUAAUGUAGGGAAUAAUGUUAGCUGUGUUUGAAAUCAUGAAAUAUUUGAAAUAAAUGUUUUUGCUUCAGUCAUUUAGACCCAUUUCGUGUCAAAUGUAUACACAA